ACUUAAAUAUAAGUAGCCGCGUUGUGGCAACCCAGAAAAUACACAAAGCACCUUCCUCCGACACUUUGACUCUCUCUCUCUCUCUCUCAUUCUUUCCGUUUUCAUUUCUCGAAGACCCCGGAGAGAAUAUAUAGCUUCCCCGAUCACAGACAUAUACAAACAUAUCAACUUUAUCUCAGCUUAAAGGCUUUGUAUCUCAGCUCAACAGAUCCUUCUACUCUCAACCCCCAUUUUCACGAUCUUGUUGAAUUCUAGGGAGGAAGUAGAUUUAAGAUGAGUACUAGUAGUAUUCGUAAAGCGAUUGGGGCUGUGAAGGAUCAGACUAGCAUUGGGAUAGCUAAGGUUGCUAGUAAUGAGGCACCCGAGUUGGAAGUAGCUAUUGUUAAGGCUACUAGCCAUGAUGAUGAUCCCGCCGAUGAGAAGUAUAUUCAACGGAUCUUGCAGCUGACUUCGUAUUCCAGGGGUUAUGUUAGUGUUUGUGUUGCAAAGUUGUCUAAGCGGUUGGGGAAGACCCGGGAUUGGAUUGUGGCUCUCAAGAGUUUGAUUUUGGUUCAUAGAUUGUUGAAUGGUGGGGACCUUGUGUUUCAGCAGGAGAUUAUGUUUACGACGAGGAAGGGAACAAGGUUGUUGAACAUGUCUGAUUUUAGGGAUGAGGCACAUUCAAGUUCUUGGGAUCAUUCUGCUUUUGUGAGGACCUUUGCGAUGUAUCUGGAUCAGAGGCUUGAGAUGAUUGUGUAUGAGAGGAAACAAAGUGGGGGUAGUAAUGGGGGAGAAAUUCAGAAGUGGAGAUCACCUCCAAACAACAGGGGAUAUGAGUAUGAUAACUAUGAAUCUAGGGGACCUAAUGGGUAUGGGAGUCAAGGGAUGAGAAGAGCAAGGUCUUUUGAGGAUGUUCGAGAAAGUGAAGCUGGAAAAAAGGCUGUUACCCCAUUAAGAGAAAUGACCCCGGAGAGGAUAUUUGGCAAGAUGAGUCAUUUGCAAAGGCUUUUAGACAGGCUUUUGUCAUGCAGACCAACGGGCUUAGCAAAGAAUAACAGAAUGGUUUUAGUUGCCCUGUAUCCAAUUGUCAGAGAGAGUUUUAAGCUCUAUGCUGACAUCUGCGAGGUUUUGGCAGUGUUGCUUGAUCGAUUCUUUGAUAUGGAGUACAACGACUGCGUGAAGGCAUUUGACGCUUACACCAGUGCCGCAAAGCAGAUUGAUGAGCUGGUAAGUUUUUAUAAUUGGUGCAAGGACACAGGUGUAGCAAGGUCAUCAGAGUAUCCUGAAGUGCAAAUGAUUACCGGAAAGUUGUUGGAGACUUUGGAGGAGUUUGUGAGGGAUAGAGCAAAGGCGAUGAAAACACCAGAGAGGAAAGUGGAACCUGCUCCUGUGGUCCAGGAAGAGGAGCCAGUACCAGAUAUGAAUGAAAUUAAAGCAUUGCCCGCUCCGGAGACUUACACCGCUCCUCCCCCACCCGAGCCGGAGGCCCCUCAACCUCCAAAGCCACAAGUGACUGGAGACUUGGUGGAUUUGAGAGAGGACACAAUGACUCCAGAUGAUCAGGGGAAUAAGUUUGCAUUGGCAUUAUUCGCUGGACCCGCAGCAAACAAUAAGAGUACAAACGGUAAUUGGGAAGCAUUUCCCUCGAAUGGUGAACCAGAGGUCACUUCUGCCUGGCAGAAUCCAGCUGCUGAGAGUGGCAAGGCUGACUGGGAGCUGGCCUUGGUAGAAACAGCAAGCAAUCUAUCGAACCAAAAAGCGGCGAUGGGAGGAGGAAUGGAUCCAUUGCUCUUAAAUGGCAUGUAUGACCAGGGAGUUGUUAGACAACAUGUGAGCAGUGCCCAAUUUGGUGGAGGUAGCUCGAGCAGUGUGGCUUUGCCUGGUAUGGGGAAGAGUGCAACACCUGUGUUGGCUCUCCCUGCUCCAGAUGGAACUGUACAGACAGUUGGUGGAGAUCCAUUUGCUGCCUCAUUAAGCAUUCCACCUCCAUCAUAUGUUCAGAUGGCUGAAAUAGAGAAAAAACAGCAGCUGCUUGUGCAGGAACAGAUGGUAUGGCAACAGUAUGCGAGGGAGGGAAUGCAAGGUCAGACAAGUUUGAGCAAGAUCAAUGGUGGUGGUUAUUAUCCACCAGCAAUGCCUUAUGGAAUGCCGCCAGUAAAUGGAAUGGGAUACCCACCGCCCGGGCAAUACUACAAUCAAUACUGAGGUUUCCCUCAUUGUAUACUUAUAUGAGAAUAUUAUUUUUUUCCUUUCCACUGUCUUACUGUGAUUACUUUGCUUUACUGUGAAAAUUUCUUUGUAUGUCAAACGAGAAAAGGGAGAGACUGAGGCUGAGCUCAUGCAAUUUUUUGAUUUUUAUGGGAAGCCAAGAUGUAUGUCUUUAUUGCUUC